AUGGACAAACGCUUCACGAUGAAACCCUUCAGAGAUCUGACGCUUACCGCCGAGGACCGCGUCAAGCUUGUGGAGAUCACCGAUGCGAUAAUCAUGGAAAAAUUUGACGAAUACGUAGAGCAUUUGAAAUGCGGCAAGAAGGUUAAUCUAAGUCGCUGGAAGAAGUUCACCAAGACGGGAUCCACCACGUCAUACCUAGAGCGAAAGUCUUCGAGCCCCAACACAAAGCUCCCGCAACUUCAAAUGGUUGGCCCACUACCUGGUUCGUUGGACGAGAUCAUGUUUGGAUUGGUCAGUCCGACCAUCGAGUCAAUGCGCAUCAAGUCGACAUACCUAAACGACUUCAACGCUGGAGCUGUGCUAGCCACUAUAGUCGAGCCGACUGUAGAUGACCCAUUCCGAUCAGUGGUAGUCAAGUGGAUGGAAAUCGACAUUCCCCUUGCUUCAAUCGGCCUCGUACGCAACCGAGACUACGUUUACAUCGAAAGUACCGGGAUCCUGUUUCUCGAUAGUGGUGAGAGGGUGGGCUACCACCUUUUACACUCCGCCAGUUUUCCUGAAGUGCAUAAACUUCCGAACCGAGUGCGAGGCAACAUGUCGUUCUGCGGCAUCUUCCACCAAGAAGUACCUGACCGGAUCGAUUGCCGUGGAACGGGUAUCAUAGACCCGGGUGGUGAUAUGAUUCGAGCCAUGGCCGUCAUGGGUAUGGCGCAGGCGACGAUGGCCGGACUCAAGUACUCCUACUGCGGGCAGAUGAAGAAGCUGGCGUGGCUGCUGGAACAGAAGCAGUCUGUGGCGAGCGAACGAGGCAUCCCGGCUUAUACUCCGUUCUGUGUGACGUGUACGAAGGGUGUCAAGAGCUCAAGCCACAGCGAAUUCAUUAAUACGUGCAAGCUGUGCUUCGGCACACUUUGUGGCUCGUGUAAGAUUGUGAAGAAGUUGAGUUUCAUUGCGCCUGAUCUCUCUCUCGUGCAGCGCAAAGUCACGUUCUGCGUCAAGUGUAUCAUCAAAGCGACCGAAAUGAACACACAAGAAGCUGCCCGAGAGCAGUUUGUGUACAAGAAGUCGGUUGUUUCACCGAUUUAUGGUCCAUCGGUUAUUUCCGAAAUAAGCACGUGCUCGGAAGGCGUGAUGACUUCGACGACCGAAUACGUUGGGUAG